AUGCAGGUUUAUAACCAUCGUGAAGACAAUGCUCAUUUUCUUUUUAAUAGUAUUUUUACUGAAACUUAUCCAGAAUUAGAUUCAUUAAAUACAAGUAUUUUAGCAUUACAAAAUACCUAUCAGUUUACAUAUUCAGGAGAUAUUGAAGAAGAUAAAAUUAAUUUAAUAGAAGAAGAAAAAGAAAUUAAUAUUUUAGCAGAUAAACAGUUAUACAAUAUGGAAAGUAAUAUUUUUUCAAACUCUCAAAUUAUCAAUUUUUAUAAAAAAUAUAAUCAAAAAGUUGAAACUAAAUUAAUUGAUAAUGAUUUUAAAAAUAACAAAAUACUUAUACAACAAGAUAUUGAAGCAUUUUGUCUUAAGUUUGAUAUAUUUAAUUGCUGCUUAACUUGA